UAGGGUUAGGGUUAACGCUUGGGUUAAUAUUAAUGCUGGACUGGGGUAGGAUUUCUUCUCUUAUAACAGUCAGGCUAGGUUAGGGAUGAUUUUCUCAGAGCUGAGCUUCGGUUAUGCUUAUGUUGGGUUUGGGUUAGAAUUUGGGAUAGGAUUACAUUUUGUGUUAAGUUUAAGGUUAGUUUAGGUUAAGUUUGGAUAUGGUUUGUGCAAUAAGUGCUCCUGCAUGUAUGUUAAGAACUGAUUCUUCAGUUUAAAUUUAAGAAGAAAAUAUAAGCGGAUUAGAAGGUUUCAAACCAAAGUACAGUGUUUAUGGAAUAUUAAAAGCCUGAAUCUUUGAAAGGCAGGAAUAGUAGGUGUGACCCCCAGCCGCCGUGCAUAGAAUGGAGAACAGUGAAGGUCUGUGCACCUCCUACAUAUGCAUGCCGAGUGAAUAAGGCUUCUGUUCUGGCCAAAACAGACCCAACGACUUCCAGAAGAUCACCAUUCUUUUUUCUUAAGGGUUUCUAUCCUACAGUCACACAAACCCAGAAAUAAGCUGAAGGUUUCCUCCGAUGUCCUGCCAUUCACAUUUGUGCCGGUUCUGAAGAAACUGCAGAUAAAGAGCAGAAUUCUACCGAAGGGACGGAGCAGGGAGCCUUCGGCAAUGUCUACCGAGUGUUCAGGAGGCCAGGAGGCUGACCACGGCAUGUACAGGGCAGAGAUCGUGUUUAUCGGGGACUCUGAUGAGGGGGACGCCGGAGCUGUCCAGACCCAACGUGUCCCAGAUGAGCUCUCCGGGAAAGGCGAGAUACCGUCACCGUUCAAAAUGGCCGCCGAUCACUUGACCAAAACGUCGGCCUCCGAUCGCCGGCUUGCUCCUCAUACAGAGAACACCAUGCCUCACUUUUGCACGAGCGGCCUUCACACUCCCCCCGCCCCAGGCUCCACCAAUCACAGAUCAGUUCCUGGGCCAUGCCAGGACGUCCCUUCAGCUCCUGUAGAUGGCAUUUGUAGCACACCGGUGAGGGUCACCCUCGCACCGAUGACCGAGGCACCAAACUCAGGCGGACUGUUGGUCUCGCCAGCUUCGUCCCGGGAGUCUGUCACCUGGGAGGACUGUGCCAAGCACAUUAGCCAGCCCGGCCGGAACUCACCAGAAGGCUCUCUGGCGUCGCUGAGCCGCACUGAAUCUCCGUGCUCCUCCAUCUGGUCGGGCAGCUUCUCGCCUUGCGUGCUGCGGGUGGAGCGCUGCUCUUUGGCACCAGGCUGCAGCUUGGCACAGGCGUCGGCCACCCAGCCAGCCGGCACCCUCUCCUCAAAGACAGCACAUAAGGUCCCCCCCAGUCGGCUCUCGCUGCUCACGGCCAUCCUGCGGAAAGGCCGACUGCCCCUCCUAGCCCCAACGCCGACCCGGCCAUACUCUCCUUGCUGGCCCGUUACUCCGGAGAGCCAGUCGUCCUGUGCCGCAUGCUCGGCUGCCUCCAGCCUUUCCUCCCUGUGGCAGGGACCUUCCCGCUCCCAGUCCCCAAGUCCGCAGGACAAGCGGCGGCUCACUGUGUCCACAGAGGCCAUGCCCUCUCUCCCCGCCCUGAAGACCAUGAGCUCUCCGCCCAGGUUAUACCCAUUUCAAGUUGUGACAGUCCAGAACAAUAUGUGGCCUACAGCAUCUCCACCCCAACCGUCCUCUGCUCAAGUUCCUGCAACACCUGCCAUCUCACAAACUCCCCCACGACUUGAAGGCAAUCCCCAGACUCUGACCCAUACGGCCAGUCCUCCACAUCGAGCUGUAUCCCCAUUGUUCUCGAAGCCUGAGCUGGUCACCCUUAAGCCCAGUGGUGCCCCCUACAGGCCUGUAGACCCCCCAUUGCUCAGCGUAACGCAGGUGCAGGAAUCCUGCUUGCCGCAUCCGCUGCAGAACGGUAUUGCAGCAUCAUCCAUGCAGCACCUGGCGCCACCCACCUGGUGGAGCUCCUGGUCCCUCCCUCUCACGCCUCCAAAAAACCCCCCUGAGUCUCUGAGAUCAAGCUCCGCCCUUUCGGCACCCGGCUGGAUAACCCCGCCCCCCUCCCCCCCACCCUCCUUGGUCUCAUCACCCUCCCCAACCCCCCGGGAUGGCACGCCGGACAGCUCCACUGUCGGGGGCGGGGGCAGGAAAAAGAAGCAGUACAAGAUCAAGACCGGCUACAAAGCGCUGGCAGCCAUUCCCACCAACAACAUCCUGCUGGAACAGCAGGCAAUAGAUGAUCAUGUUGAGAAUCAGGAGAGGCCCGGAGACAACGGCGAGGAGAGUCACCGAGAGAUCUGCUCGCCAGCCCAGCUGAGGCAGGAGUCCGAGGAGCUGUACGCCGCCAUCGAUGAAGUCUUAGAGAACACCAUGCCCAUGCAAAGAAGGUGUCCCUCUCAUGUACAGCGGCGAUCUCACUCCGUUCCAGUAGCACUGACGAAACCCCUGAGCCCUGAACCUUCAAAGGCAUUCACAUUGUUGCCAAGACCAGCGGGACGUGAAACUAAAUAUGCCCUUUCCUACAAGCAACAAGCCAGCCCUUUGGAGAGAAAUCUGACCAAACCUGGAGUCAUACGUCCUGUGGGGGCUGUUACUAAAACAUCAGAGGCAGAUGUUUCAGAGGAGUUUCAGCCAAAUCCCUUCAGGAAAUAUCUGAAAGAAACAUUGAUGGUGAAGCAGGUGGAGCCCGUCCCUAGCUGCCCAGGGCUCGCAGGCACCAGGGGCACGGAGGGUGGCAUGAGUCCCCCGAAGGGCACACAGGUUCCAGAAAAGUCCGGUGAGGCACCAGCGGGAAUGCGGACGCCAAUCCUCCGGAUAACCAAUGUGGACGGCAGCGAAAUCCAGAUGACACUGGCUGACUCCUCGGAAUACCCUGGUGCGCAGUUCAGCACGCCGCAUGCCAAACAGAACGAGACUCACAUUUAGAUGUAGGACAGGAGGAUGUGAAUGAGAGCUGGGGGGGGUCCCUCACUGGGGAUGAGGUGCUGCUGCAGGAGACAGACACUGAAUGUAGCAUGAUGUGCAUUAAUAUGACAGUCGUGUUUGAUACAGGCCGCUCUCUUCCAUAUUUGACACGUUUUCACUUUGAGAUAUUGUUACUUUUAGUUUUGCGGUCGAGAAAUUACAGUGUGAAAUACAGAUAAAAGGCAACAAUAAACACUAUUAUCAUUU